GCCCAACAUCAUGGAGAAUAUAUGCAAAGCAAUAUUCAGGUUUGAACAAGAGCUACAGAAGCGAAAGAGAAAAAUCCACACUAACCGAUGGUGUUUGGAAAGCAAAUAACUGCAUUGCCUUGAGUUUGUAGGUGCUUCUACUACUCUGGGAAAAUGGCAGAUGACGAAGAAUAUGAGGAGGUGAUAGAGUAUUAUACAGAAGAGACAAUCUAUGAGGAGGUGCCGGGAGAGACAAUAACAGAAAUCUAUGAAACUACUACAACAAGGACAACAUCUGACUAUGAGCAAUCGGAACCUUCCAAACCAGCACUGGCACAGCCAGAACCCGCAAAGCCGGUGGAGAGGAAAAAGGUGAUCCGGAAGAAGGUGGACCCUUCAAAGUUCAUGACCCCCUACAUUGCACACAGUCAGAAAAUGCAGGAUCUUUUUAGCACAAAUAAAUACAAAGAGAACUAUGAGAAAGCAAAAGGACAGCCAACUGCCAUCACCACUGAUACCCCAGAACUUCGCAGGAUCAAGAAAGUACAGGAUCAACUCAGUGAGGUUAAGUAUCGAAUGGAUGGUGAUGUUGCUAAAACUAUCUGUCACGUAGAUGAAAAAGCAAAGGACAUUGAACAUGCAAAGAAAGUGUCGCAGCAAGUCAGCAAGGUUUUAUACAAGCAGAACUGGGAAGACACCAAGGAUAAGUACCUGCUUCCCCCUGAUGCCCCUGAGCUUGUCCAGGCCGUCAAGAACACAGCCAUGUUCAGCAAGAAACUGUACACUGAAGACUGGGAAGCCGACAAAGCCUUGUUCUACCCAUAUAAUGAUAGCCCUGAGCUGAGGAGAGUCGCCCAAGCCCAGAAAGCUCUCAGUGAUAUUGCUUAUAAAAAAGGACACACUGAACGGCAAACUCAAUUCACAUCUCUGCCAGAUCCUCCAGAUAUAGAAUUUGCCAAGAAAGUAACGAAUCAAGUGAGCAAGCAAAAAUACAAGGAGGAUUAUGAAAAUAAAGUCAAAGGCAAAUGGAGUGAGACACCUUGCUUUGAAAUUGCAGCUGCCAGAACGAAUGCUGAUAAUUUCAGUGCAAGGAAAUACCAGGAAGAAUUUGAGAAUAUGAAAGACCAGAUCUACUUCAUGCAGACUGAAACACCGGAGUAUAAAGUGAAUAAACAAGCUGGAAUGACAGCUAGCAAGGUAAAAUACAAAGAAGACUAUGAAAAGAAUAAAGGAAAAGCAGAUUAUAAUGUACUUCCUGCUACAGAGAACCCACUGCUCAGGCAGCUGAAGGCAGCAGGAGAUGUCCUAAGUGAUAAACUAUACAAGGAAAACUAUGAAAAGACAAAGGCAAGGAGCAUGAAUUACUGUGAGACCCCCAAGUUUCAGCUUGAUACAGUUCUGCAGAACUUCAGUAGUGAUACUAAAUAUAAAGAUUCCUACCUAAAGAAUAUUUUGGGACAUUAUGUGGGCAGCUUUGAGGAUCCAUAUCAUACACACUGCAUGAAAGUCACAGCUCAAAACAGUGAUAAAAACUACAAAGCAGAAUAUGAAGAGGACAGAGGUAAAUGCUUCUUCCCCCAGACCAUAACUCAAGAAUAUGAAACAAUCAAGAAACUAGAUCAGUGUAAAGAUCAUACCUACAAAGUCCAUCCAGAUAAGACAAAAUUCACUCAAGUUACUGACUCUCCUGUUUUGGUGCAAGCCCAGGUCAAUUCCAAACAACUGAGUGAUCUAAAUUACAAGGCAAAACAUGAAAGUGAAAAGUUCAAGUGCCACGUACCUCCAGAUACUCCUGCCCUUUUGCAGCACAAAGUCAAUGCCUACAACCUGAGCGAUAAUGUGUAUAAGCAAGACUGGGAGAAGAGUAAAGCUAAGAAAUUUGACAUUAAAGUAGACGCCAUUCCCCUGCUGGCAGCCAAGGCCAACAGCAAGAUCGCUAGUGAUGUGAUGUACAAGAAAGACUAUGAAAAAAGCAAAGGGAAGAUGAUUGGUGCCCUCAGCAUUAAUGAUGAUCCCAAGAUGCUGCACUCUUUGAAGACGGCCAAAAACCAGAGUGAUAGAUUAUACAGGGAAAACUAUGAGAAGACAAAGGCAAAGAGCAUGAAUUACUGUGAGACUCCCAAAUACCAACUUGAUACUCUGCUGAAGAGCUUCAGUGAGGCUAAAUAUAAAGAUUCUUAUGUACAGAAUGUUUUGGGACAUUACAUAGGCAGCUUUGAGGACCCAUAUCAAAUACACUGCAUGAAAGUAUCAGCUCAAAACAGUGAUAAAAAUUACAAAGCAGAAUACGAAGAAGAUAGAGGGAAAUGCUAUUUCCCUCAGACAAUAACACAAGAAUAUGAAGCAAUCAAGAAGCUAGAUAAGUGUAAAGAUCAUACCUACAAAGUUCAUCCAGAUAAGACCAAGUUCACAGCUGUUACUGAUUCUCCUGUACUAUUGCAAGCUCAGCUCAACACAAAGCAACUUAGUGAUCUAAAUUACAAAGCAAAACAUGAAGGUGAAAAGUUCAAGUGUAAUGUACCAGCAGAUGCACCACAGUUUAUCCAACAUAAAGUCAAUGCCUAUAACUUGAGUGAUAAUGUGUAUAAGCACGACUGGGAGAAGAGUAAAGCUAAGAAAUUCGACAUUAAAAUGGAUGCCAUUCCCCUGCUGGCAGCCAAGGCCAACACCAAGAUCACUAGCGAUGUGAUGUACAAGAAAGACUAUGAAAAAAGCAAAGGGAAGAUGAUUGGUGCCCUCAGCAUUAAUGAUGAUCCCAAGAUGCUGCACUCUUUGAAGACGGCCAAAAACCAGAGUGAUAGAUUAUACAGGGAAAACUAUGAGAAGACAAAGGCAAAGAGCAUGAAUUACUGUGAGACUCCCAAAUACCAACUUGAUACUCUGCUGAAGAGCUUCAGUGAGGCUAAAUAUAAAGAUUCUUAUGUACAGAAUGUUUUGGGACAUUACAUAGGCAGCUUUGAGGACCCAUAUCAAAUACACUGCAUGAAAGUAUCAGCUCAAAACAGUGAUAAAAAUUACAAAGCAGAAUACGAAGAAGAUAGAGGGAAAUGCUAUUUCCCUCAGACAAUAACACAAGAAUAUGAAGCAAUCAAGAAGCUAGAUAAGUGUAAAGAUCAUACCUACAAAGUUCAUCCAGAUAAGACCAAGUUCACAGCUGUUACUGAUUCUCCUGUACUAUUGCAAGCUCAGCUCAACACAAAGCAACUUAGUGAUCUAAAUUACAAAGCAAAACAUGAAGGUGAAAAGUUCAAGUGUAAUGUACCAGCAGAUGCACCACAGUUUAUCCAACAUAAAGUCAAUGCCUAUAACUUGAGUGAUAAUGUGUAUAAGCACGACUGGGAGAAGAGUAAAGCUAAGAAAUUCGACAUUAAAAUGGAUGCCAUUCCCCUGCUGGCAGCCAAGGCCAACACCAAGAUCACUAGCGAUGUGAUGUACAAGAAAGACUAUGAAAAAAGCAAAGGGAAGAUGAUUGGUGCCCUCAGCAUUAAUGAUGAUCCCAAGAUGCUGCACUCUUUGAAGACGGCCAAAAACCAGAGUGAUCGUGAAUAUCGUAAAGAUUAUGAAAAGUCAAAAACAAUCUACACGGCACCUCUUGACAUGCUCCCAGUCACUCAAGCUAAGAAAUCUCAGGCAAUUGUCAGUGAUGUGGACUAUAAGCACAUCUUACACAACUACAGCUAUCCGCCUGACAGCAUCAACAUGGACCUUGCAAAGAAGGCUUAUGCACUGCAGAGUGAUGUUGAAUAUAAGGCUGACUACAACAGCUGGAUGAAAGGCUGUGGCUGGGUGCCUUUUGGGUCCUUAGAAAUGGAAAAGGCGAAGAGAGCUUCAGACAUCCUUAAUGAGAAAAAAUACCGUCAACAUCCAGAUACUCUCAAGUUUACUUCAAUUGAAGAUGCUCCGAUUACAGUACAAUCUAAAAUUAACCAGGCCCAAAGGAGUGAUAUUGUCUAUAAAGCCAAAGGAGAGGAAAUGCUUCACAAAUACAGCCUUCCAGCAGACCUGCCCCAGUUUGUUCAGGCUAAAGUUAACGCCUACAAUAUAAGUGAGAAAAUGUACAAAGCAGACUUGAAAGAUUUGAGCAAGAAGGGAUAUGACCUGAGAAUUGAUGCGAUUCCCAUCAAAGCUGCCAAAGCUGCCAGGCAGGCAGCAAGUGACGUUCAGUACAAAAAAGAUUUUGAAAAGGCCAAAGGGAAAAUGGUUGGCUUUCAAAGUCUCCAAGAUGAUCCUAAACUGGUUCAUUAUAUGAAUGUGGCCAAGAUACAAUCAGAACGGGAAUAUAAAAAAGACUAUGAGAAGACAAAAACUAAAUACAACACGCCCCAUGACAUGUUCAACGUUGUUGCAGCUAAGAAAGCUCAGGAUGUUGUCAGCAAUGUAAACUAUAAGCAUCAACUCCAUCAUUACACCUAUCUGCCUGAUGCCAUGGACCUGGAGUUGUCUAAAAAUAUGAUGCAAAUACAGAGUAAUAAUGCCUACAAGGAAGACUAUAAUACCUGGAUGAAAGGCAUUGGCUGGGUACCUAUCGGCAGUCUUGACGUAGAAAAAGUUAAGAAAGCAGGUGAUGCCCUGAAUGAGAAGUACAGGCAACAUCCAGACACCCUCAAAUUCACCAGUAUCGUGGACUCCCCAGUUAUGGUCCAGGCAAAGCAAAACACACAGCAAAUCAGUGAUAUCUUAUACAAAGCUAAAGGAGAAGAUGUAAAACAUAAAUACACAAUGAGUGCUGAUCUUCCUCAGUUUGUACAGGCCAAGUGCAAUGCUUACAAUAUAAGUGACGUCUGUUACAAACGGGACUGGCAUGAUUUAAUAGCCAAGGGCAACAAUGUGAUGGGUGAUGCUAUUCCCAUUGCUGCAGCCAAAGCA